AUGGCUCAAGACUAUGAGACGGUCCUCAAGGGCAAGUACCCGGCCAAGUCCCACGCUCUGCGCGUUGCCGACGAGGUCAAGUCCAAGGUUCCCAAUGCCACCGGCGUCCUCUACGUCGAAGGUCGCAUGACCAAAAUGAUCGAGGACAACGACGAGCCUGAGCCCUUCAGACAGCGCCGUUACUUCUACUACCUGACCGGUUGCCCUCUCGCCGACUGCCACUACGUCUUCGACCUCGAGACCUCCGAGUCGACCCUGUUCAUUCCUCCCAUUGAUCCCGAUAGCGUCAUCUGGUCUGGCCUCCCCGUCAGCGCCGCCGAGGCCAAGGAACUGUACGAUGUCGACCACGUCAAGUACACCAAUGACGUAAACGCUGAGCUUGCCAAGCUCGGAAAGGGCAACAAGACCGUCUUCGCCAUCGAGGGACAGGUUCUGGACAGCGUUACCUUCCUCGAGUUCGAGGGCAAGAACUUCAGCGUCUUGAAGGAUGCCAUUGAGCGUUCCCGUGUGGUCAAGGAUGAAUACGAGGUUGCCCUCACCAGGAAGGCCAACGCUGUUUCCACCAUCGCCCACCACGCUGUGGUCGAAAAGGUGAAGAAGGCCAAGAACGAGAGCGAGCUGUACGCCACUUUCCUGUACCACAGCAUCUCCAAUGGCGCUACCAACCAGGCUUACCACGGCAUCUUUGCCGCAGGCCGUGCCGCUGCCACUCUGCACUACGUUGCCAACGAUGCCCCUCUUUCUGGCAAGCUCAACCUUCUGCUGGACGCUGGCAUGGAGUGGAACUGCUAUGCCUCUGAUAUUACGCGAACCUUCCCCAUCUCCGGCAAGUUCAGCAAGGAAUCCCGCCAGAUUUACGACAUUGUGUUGAAGAUGCAGCUGGAGACCACCGCGGCUCUCAAGGAGGGUGUUGUCUGGGACGACAUCCAUCUCUUGGCGCACAAGAUUGCCAUUGAUGGCCUCCACUCCGUUGGCAUCUUGAAGGGCGACAAGGAAGAGAUUCUCAAGAGCCGCACCAGCGUCGCCUUCUUCCCCCACGGUCUUGGCCACUACCUCGGAAUGGACACCCACGACGUCGGCGGCAACCCCAACUAUGCCGACACGGACCCCAUGUUCCGCUACCUGCGUGUUAGAGGCAAACUGCCUGCUGGCAGCAUUGUUACCGUCGAGCCCGGUAUCUACUUCUGCAACUUCAUUAUUGAGCCCUACCUCAAGGACCCUGUCCACUCCAAGUUUAUUGACACCGCCGUCCUGGAAAAGUACUGGGAUGUUGGUGGCGUGAGAAUCGAGGACAACAUCCUCAUCACGGCUGACGGAAGCGAAAACUUGACACCUACCAUCAAGGAUCCCGAUGAAUUGGAGAAGAUCAUUCAGGCCAGCUAA